UACUAUAGACGGCUGGCAAAGUAGAAUUCUAUAUCUCUUUUACCCUAAAUCGUUCAACGCUCUCUCUUUCUCAGCCGCAAAGUCCAACCCUAAACUUGACAAUGUUUUCUUCAUCAGAGGCGGAGACGGCCAUCUUCUGGGACAUCGUGGAUUGCGAAAUUCCUAAUGGUCUCUCUCUUGACUCGGUUUGUCAGAAUAUCAAAUCAGCUCUUGCGGAUGAUGGUUAUCAUGGUAAAGUGUCAAUCCAUGCUUAUUGUGACACGGAAGAGAGCCAAGUGGCAAUGGCUUCAGCGUUUGAAUCCUCCGGCAUCAAGCUCGUACGCGCAGGAGAUACAAAUUCGAGACUUGUUAGGAUGCUCAAGGACCUUAGUCUCUUUGCGGUAGACCAUAAUAAACCAUCGAAUGUGAUGGUAAUCUCACAAGACAUGUCAUCUGAAUCGCUGUUCGUCAAACUCCUUCUCAAGGUGAAAAAGUAUAGGAAUCACAAUCUUCUCUUAGCACAGAUUGAUAAGGUAAAAGGAGAGUUACUUAGCAAUGUAAGUUCAAUAUGGUACUGGAAAGACCUAUCAAGUGGAGGAAAGCCUUGCGGGGAUGGCAAUCAUUGUAGUACUAGCGAAUUUGCCAAGGCUGAGAUGGGCAUCUUUUGGGACAUUGUGGAUUGCGAAAUUCCUGAUGGUCUCUCUCUUGACUUGGUCUGUGAGAAUAUCAAAUCGGCUCUUGCUGAUGAUGGUUAUCGUGGUAAAGUGUCAAUCCGGGCUUAUUGUGAGAUGAAAAGGAGCGAAGUGAUAGUGCCGUCAGAGUUUGACUCCUCUGGAAUCGAGCUCGUACGCGCAGGAAAUAGACGUGCAAGACGUAAUCAGAUGCUAGAGGACCUUCUUUUCUUUGCAAUAGACCAUAAACCACCAUCAAGUCUGAUGGUUAUCUCAAAAGACAUCUCAAAAGACUCCCUGUUCGUUCAACAUCUUCUCACUUUGAAACAACAGAAGAAUCGCAAUCUUCUCUUGGCGCAGAUUGAUAGCGUAACUGGAGACCUAUUUGCUAGUGUAAGCUCAAUAUGGUACUGGUCUGACCUAGCAAAUGGAGGAGUGCCUGCCUUCCAAAGCACCAUUGACGACAGUUCUAGCCGAAGCUCACAAGGUGUUGCCAAUAAGCGGGCGAGGAUACAGAGCCCUGAGGAGUAAGGCGUAGGGGAAGAUGAAAUUUUCACUUAUUUCAAUAUGAUGUUUUUUUUUAGUUAUAAACUUAUAAUCAGUGUUCUAAAACGCGCUAUGCGCUUGCUACGCGGUGGACAAACGCCUAGCGCCUAACCGUAUAUACGGGUGCCUAAGCGGAAUCUAGGCGGAUUAUAUA